AUGUUCAACAAAUCUGUUCUCGCUUUGACUGUUGCUACCCUCGCCACCUUGGUGGCAGCCAACCCCGUCGCGAACGCCCAGGGUAGCUGCAACACUGGCGAUAUCCAAUGCUGCCAGAAGCUCUAUCCCUCUCAAUCCAGCGAAGCCAGCAUCCUAGGCUCCUUGCUUGGUAUUGACCUUGGAAGUGUCCUCGGUGACAUUGGUUCUGGAUGCAGCCCCGUUACCGCCCUCCUUGGCAUUGGUGGUGGUACCAAAUGUACCGCUGCACCCGUUUGCUGCUCUCAUAAUACCUUCAAUGGUCUUAUCAAUAUCGGAUGCACUCCCAUCAACAUUGGCCUCUGA